CUAGUGGACGACCUGCCGCUGGACAUCUUCUUGCGGUGUGACAAUCAGCCUAGCACCCGCGUGCUUUCCAGAAUGCUCGAGCCACACCUGCUGUGGUCCACGUGUACUGAGCUGGACGGCGAUAACUGUGUUUAUCCGUCCCAGGCUCUUUUUCUUGAGAUCGACGUCACCAAUCUCACAGUGUGGGACCCCAUCAUUCGGCAAGGAAAAGCGUGGCAAGAGGAAGAGGAAGACGAAGAAGAAGAAGAAGAAGAAGAAGAAGAAGAAGAAGAAGAAGAAGAAGAAGAAGAAGAAGAAGAAGAAGAGGAAGAAUAAUCGAGCGAAGAUCGUGA